CGUUGUUGCAGGAGUUGCACUCCCCAUUCCUUAGAGGUUCAUCAAAGAUUGUUGAAAUAUUAUUUUAUGGUACAUCUAUAAACUUGUGGUUUGUAGCAAUAUUUAACAUGGCAGGAAGUUCUUAAAAACAGGAAAGUGCAAAUAACUGCCAGUAAGAUGGAUUGUGAUAAGGAGGAACAUCUCAGAUUAGCAGCUAUUAUCAAAGGUGUACAUGCAGAUUUAAGAAAAAAGUACAAGAAUGGUUCAAGUGAUUUGGAUGAAAUUUGGAAAACGCACUGUUCUGAUCAGUCAGUUUUAAAAGAAUAUGCUGAUGCCAUGUAUAAUCUAUCUAGUAACCAUUGGUCAAAACUACCUGAAACCAGAAUAGAUUGGUGUCAUGCAACAAUUAUGGAAUAUUUCUACAAAGAUGGACUGAAGAAAGCACUUGUAAAGGAACAGAGAAGACAUGCACACAGACUGAAAACAAAACUGGCUACCAAAGACAGAAAUUUGUUAGGUAGAUCUGAAGAGAAUAGAAAAAUGAUCAUGAGAUCUGAUGAUGCUCAAGAGGAGGUCUUGUCUACACUAGAUUUUCCGGAAUCACAAAUACAAGGUAAAAUCAGAUUAUUAGAUGUAGGAAGUUGCUUCAAUCCCUUUGCCUGUUAUGAUGAUUUCCAGGCUGUUGGGAUAGAUAUUGGUCCUGCUACUUCAAAUGUUUUAUGUUGCGAUUUUCUACUGUUGGAGACUACCUGUCCCUUGGAGAUUGACAUCAUAAAAUCGUAUUUACAUAAUUUAAAAAGCCCUGUGACUGAGUUACCAAAGAACAGCUUUCAUGUUAUUGUAUUUUCUUUAUUAUUGGAGUAUCUUCCUUCUCCAGAUCAAAGAUGGACAUGUUGUCUGAAGGCAAAUGAGUUACUUGAUACCAAUGGGCUUUUGUUAAUAAUAACACCAGAUUCACAUAAACAGCACAGAAAUGCAGCCAUGAUAAAAAGUUGGAAAGAAGCUAUAGAAUCUAUAGGUUUCAGACAGUGGCGUUAUGUAAAACUUGAGCAUCUCCACUGCUUGGCAUUUCGUAAAAGUGCUAAGACAGAAGAAUUACCCUCGGAUUUAAUUGUUUCUUCAGGCAUGCUGUAUAUUCCACAAGAUUUUCAUGAUUUAAGUGAAAGUAUAGAUGUGUGUGAGUACAGUGAAGAGGAUGAGAAGUUUUUCAUGGAUUCUGCUGGUGAAUUACCUGGAUUUCAUAGUUUUGAUGAAAAUUAAACCAAUGCCAAUGUAA